AUGGAUCAGGAUGAUAUUAUUUUCACCCCAUCAAACAGUUUAUCAUUCUUGGAUGAUUCCACAAAUUUCUUUGAAUCUUCACUAUUGAAUAGUCAAUCUCAAUUUGGUGAAGAUCUUCAGAUAUUAGAUGAAAGUUUGAUCCCGUUAAAAUCUAGCAAUGAUCUAUGCCAAAAGAUAUUUGUGGAAACACCGAUUAAGUACAUCAACAACUACAGAAGAAAUCGAAGAAAACCUAGCAGAUCAGCUCAAACGUCCGUUGAUGUGGAUUGGUGGUGUAGAAACUUGAAACGUUUUCCAAAGCUCUCGACAAUGGCCAAAGAUUUUUUAUCCCAACAAUCUACGCCCGUAGCCAGCGAAAGUAUUUUUUCUAAGGCCGGCGCCACUAUUACUAAGAAAAGAAAUCAAAUGUCAGCGACAACUUUGAAACAAUGUCUAUGUGUGAAUUCGUGGGAACAUAUUUUAAAAUUAGGAAAAUUUAUUUAUCCGAAUGCCGUAAAUUUAAAUAUGGGAUCCUUGCUGAACUUGUCCCGUCUUUUCUUAUUAACUACCAAUCUCCUAAAUAGUUACAAAUGA